GGCGGACGCCGUACGGAGGCGAGGGCGGGGCGUGGCCAUGGUAGGCCCGGGCCGCGCGGGCGGGCGCCCGGGCGGGGGCGGGGCCAGGGCGAUGGGGAACCUGUUCGGGCGCAAGCGGCGGAGCCGGGUCACGGAGCAGGACAAGGCCGUGCUGCAACUGAAACAGCAGCGGGACAAACUGAAGCAAUAUCAGAAAAGGAUAUCACUGCAGUUAGAGCGGGAAAGGGCUUUUGCUCGGCAACUACUAAAGGAUGGCAAGAAAGAGAAAGCUAAGUGUUUGCUGAAGAAGAAGCGAUACCAAGAACAACUGCUGGACAAAACAGAAAACCAAAUUAGCAACCUGGAACGCAUGGUUCAGGAUAUUGAAUUCACACAGAUCGAGAUGAAAGUUAUUGAAGGCCUCAAAAUUGGUAAUGAGUGUUUAAAUAAGAUGCACCAGGUUAUGUCAAUAGAAGAAGUGGAGAGGAUCAUGGAUGACACCCAAGAAGCUGUGGAGUACCAGAGGCAAAUAGAUGAUAUAUUGGCUGGAAGCUUCACUGUAGAGGAUGAAGAUGCCAUUUUAGCAGAGUUAGAUGCCAUCACUCAGGAACAGAUCAAUCUUCCCGAGGUUCCUUCAGAGCCCCUCCCAGAAAAGAUUCCAGAAACAUCGCCAGUCAGAGUCAAACCAAAACCAGAACUGAUGGCUGCAUCUUAACUCCGCUCCUUGGGAAACCUCGCAGGGAGUCCUAGAAUCCCAGCAUGCCUGGGGUGCAAGAGGCCCCCAUGGUGUCCUGUUGGCACUGAACAACCAUGCUGAAGCAGGUUUUCCUGCACAGAAUGGAAGCUGUAACUGGUUAUUGUUCCCAUAUCAAGAUUAUUUUGUAGUGUGCACACUCAUUCUCCUCCUUUUUUGUAACUUAAACUGGAUUAAAUGGUGACUGUCAAACUCGUCAAGCCAAAUGCUUUCUACAGAUCAGAUUUCAGCUGCAGACCUGCCUCCAAUGCCAACACAGCCUCUUGCUAACUCUGUCUAAACCCCUUGCUGUCCUUUUGAGCUUGUGGGCAACAUGAAGAGUUUUGAACUUUCUGCUGGACUAAGGAAAGAACUGCCUCUCAAGCUUUCUUUUGACUUGCCUCUUUCAGUUCCUUGGCUUUUCAGAGUGGGUUCUCCCUGAAAAAAUGGAGUUCCUGAACAUGGGCCUGUGCCUGAAUUAGACCUUUAGCUUGAUGCUGAGAUUGCUAGCUUGCUAGUUGGAGACAAAAGAGGAUUAUCCCAUGUUCACUGUGCUGUUCAGAUAAAUACACUUACAGUUCUAUGCACCAGGGAGCAAUGCAAAGAUGCUGGGCUCAUUCUCUUGAAACCAGAAGGCCUCUUUCUACAGGGGUUAAAACUUGUGCUAAGGAGUUGUGCUUCAGAUCAUACACUAGCCUCCUGCUUUUUCUUGUUUCUUCAGAAAUCCAUGAUGUGAAGGUGCUGAACAUCUGGGAGCUUCUGUAAAGGAGAGGGAUGUGUUAGUUGCAAAGCAGCUUCUUGAUGUCUUUUGUUCCUCCCCAGCCUGAUAACACCUAUACAGUGGGUCUUCCCAGAAGGCACAUUGUCUUUUCCACUGGUGGGGGCUGCUUACUUUCUACUUCAUUUUCAUGUUCUUGAAAGGAGAAGAAGGAACAUGACGAGCUAUUGCUAUUCACAUGGGGCUGAACAUUGUUUCCCUCUUAUAGAAAACAUGAAUGUCUAUGUAUUUCUCCCCUCCUGAAUGUUGUCAAGGGCUGGAUCCCAGUUAACUCUAUGGUGUCAUGGUCUGCCCUACAGGAUGUUGAAGACUUGAUUUGAGAGCUCACACAGCUUCAGGAGUCCAUGGCCAUGGGCCUGAACUGCCUUUGCAGUCACUGUCCACCUUGACUGUAUCCAAAAGAUCCACCCUUGAGAGCCAGCUGGUCUGGGCUGCGCGUGACCCUUGUUUCCACAUGACAUGGUGUGACCUUCCUCUGUUGCUGGGCAGUUGAAUGGGUUGAUGCAGAUGAAAGGGUGUGUGAAAGAGAGACUUUGUAGGCUGCUGUGGCAAUACUUGGCUUCUUGACAUUAGUAGUAGUUCCCACUUGCUGACCUCCUUGCUGUCUGGUGUCCACAGCUCAGCUGAAAAAUAUUUUCCUUCUCUCCUUCCCCCAACCAUGAGAAUGGAAUUGUAUCCUUUUGCUUCUUAAAAUGUGAGAAAUAGCACUCUGAGAGUGUAGCUUCUUGUAAACCAGCAACUUUCCAGUGGGUCUUCAGCUGAGGCCCUGUUGGUUUGGAUGCUGGAAGGAACCUUGGGUAUUUGAUCUUCAAAGUGCUCAGCCAACACUUCUCUGUUUUCUUCCCUUUGACUGCCCAGGGCAGUGAUCUUUAAUACCACACCUAGAGCUUGCUCCCUCUCAUCCCUGAUCCCCAGCCUAUCUUAGCAUGAUAAAAGCUGAGCAGUAAAUUGGGUGUGUGUAAUUUUAAAUGAUGGUUCACAUUUGAUGCUCACUCCUUUAUCUAAUAUGCUUACGUCUCAGUAGUGUUGGAACCAUUCAAAGAGCCUUUACAAAGAGAGGUAGGCAACUGGGGGCUCCAGAUGUUUUCUGAUUGCACCUGCCAGUACUCUUCACCAGUGGGUUUGAGUAAUCUGGGCUGAUGGUAGUGGCAGACCAAAAACAACACCAUUAACCAGCUUGUUUUAUUCUUUGGAAACUAAACCAUAAAGGAGAGUAUGUUGUGGUUUCUUCAUAGUGCACCUGUUGCCAGUCGUGACUAUACUCACUUCAUUCACCGGGUGGCACUCCUCUCUUUACUGUUCACCAAGGCCGUGAACAAGCAUUCUCCCUCAGUUAUCGUUGCUAUACUGGUGCUUUGAUUUUUUUUAUUUCUUUGAGCAUAUGGAAGGAGCACAAGUUCUUUCCCACUGGUGUCAUGGGUACUCUACAGCCAUUCAGCUACCCUGUAGAGGAUUGUAAAUUUGCUCUGUUGGGCCCAUGAUUAACAAUGGGGCUCAUUGCCUCGGGAGUGGAUGGAAAGGUGUUUCUUCUUCUUCACUGCCAAUAAGAACAGGAAAAGAAAGAGCUAGUGAAAAUUGGAGGUCUGCUAUCCCUGUGGGAGACAGCAUUGCAGAUGUGCAAAGUGGCCUUAGAGAGCAGCCAUGGAACUAACUAAAUUGCUUUCCUUUGUGCUUUUCUAGCCUGUGCCCUCUGAUUGAAACCAGGUGGAAUUAGAGCUGCCCUCCUGCCUCUAUGAAGGCUCCAGGCUCUCUAUUUGCUGUACACAGACAGAAUAUUUCCCUCUCUUGGCUGAACCCUUUGUGGCUCUUCAAACUACUAAUGGAGGAGAGAGCAGGUGGCAACAAUAAAGUGUUUCUAAUGCCUUCA